GGAGAGGCCUGAGGGUGAAGGCGGUGGGGCGUGGCGUUGGGGGCUCCGGCAACCCAAGGCCGUCCAAUGUCGAGCCAAUCAGAGUGAGGAGGUGGGAGAAGACUAACCAAUCAGCGUGCAGACUAGGCAAGGCAAGGGGUUGAGGAGUCUCUCGCGGAGGUCUCCGGCUCCCUCGCUUCUGUCAGGGGAGCGGGUUGUGCGGAGGAGGCAGAGGAGGCGGGAAGACGGCUGUGGUUGAAGGGACGAUCCCUGACUUGCGUGGAGGAGGUCCGAGGGAGCGGGCAACCAUGGUGAUGGCGGCGAAGAAGGGUCCAGGCCCGGGUGGCGGGGUCAGCGGGGGAAAGGCGGAGGCGGAGGCGGCCUCGGAGGUGUGGUGUCGCCGGGUGCGGGAGCUGGGCGGCUGCAGCCAGGCGGGGAACCGCCACUGCUUCGAGUGCGCCCAGCGCGGCGUCACCUACGUGGAUAUCACCGUGGGCAGCUUCGUCUGCACCACCUGCUCUGGCCUCCUGAGAGGCCUGAACCCCCCUCAUCGAGUCAAGUCCAUCUCCAUGACAACUUUCACUGAGCCUGAAGUGGUAUUCCUGCAAUCCCGCGGAAACGAGGUUUGCAGGAAGAUUUGGCUGGGCCUUUUUGAUGCUCGGACAUCUUUAAUACCAGAUUCCAGGGACCCUCAGAAGGUGAAGGAGUUUCUCCAGGAAAAAUACGAGAAAAAGAGAUGGUAUGUCCCCCCAGACCAAGUCAAGGGUCCCGCUUAUACCAAAGGCAGUGCCUCCACCCCCAUCCAGGGCUCCGUCCCGGAAGGAAAGCCCCUGCGGACUCUCCUGGGGGAGCCUGCGCCGUCUCUCUCAGCGGCAGCCUCCACCUCUAGCCAGUCUGACAGUCAGUCUCAGCCUCGGAUGUCCCAGCCCCGGAGCUCUCAGCCACCUCCCCACUCCUCCAUCAAGAAAGCCAGUACUGACCUGCUGGCCGACAUAGGAGGAGAUCCCUUUGCUGCUCCCCCUGUGGCACCGGCUUUCGCUGCAUUCCCAGCCUUCGGGGGCCAGACACCCUCCCACGGAGGCUUUGCCAACUUCGAUGCCUUUGGCAGUAGCGCCGGCCUGUCCGCAUUUGGAAGCAUUCCUCCUGGCAGCCAGGGCCCAUUCCAGGCCCAGCCGACACCCACAGCCAGUCGGAUGCUAACUGGAAGUUACAGCUUUGGGAGCAGCCAGGUGACUCCGUUUGCGGCCUCUCCUCUGGCACCGGCCAGCCAGCCCAGCAGCCUUGCUGAUAUGGGUGGCUUCCUGGCGCCCGGACCAUCGGCUGGAGGUAUCCCUAGCAGCAUCUUCGGGGUGGCCAGCCAGGUCCCCACGCUCCAGUCGGCCCCAGCUGGUGGAGGCAGCAGCACUGGGCUUGCCUUUGGAGCAACCUUCACCAACCCUUUCACGGUACCUGCUGCUCUCCCGCAGCUGCCUUCUACCAACCCAUUCCAGCCCAACGGCCUGGCCACAGGGCCCAGCUUUGGGAUGGGCAGCGCUGAGCCUGGCUUCCCCCAGACAGUGCCACCCACCAGGGCUUUUGUCAGCACCUUCCCACCACCCCCGUUCCCCGCACAGACCUCGGUGACUCAGCAGCAGAAUGGCUCUUCCUUCAGCGACUUAGGACCAGCCAAGCUGGGCCAGAGGCAACUGGGCCAGCCAGGCGGGACCUCUACCAACCCCUUUGUGACUGGAUCCUCAUCAAGCCCGUUUGCCUCCAAACCUCCAACCACCAACCCAUUCUUGUAGCACUGUGGCCUGGGGGGGGGCCUCUUCCCUGCCCUCUGGGGCCCCUCUACUCCCAGGAGCUCUGGUGACCAUUUGCCUGUGGCAUUUCUGUGGGUCUGAGACCAGAAUGGGCCUUGUUUUCCAGGGAAGCCGUCUUGGGGAUGGUGGAGGUGCUCAUGCUUCGCUUGGGGCUUGCAGAUAAAAGGGCAGCUUCCCAGGUCAGCUGCCCCCAAGGCUUCUCCCCUCCUCUCUCCAGCCCCCACCCAGGCAGGAGGCCCAAGAGGAGAGAAGGCAGGGCCUGGCCUAGAGGAGUGAUGGCGUUUGAUUUCUCAAUCACUAAUCAUGAUGACAGUAAUCCUCACCUCCUGCCCUCAGCAUACGUAGUGGUCCCUUCACUCCCAGCCGUGUGGGCAGAGGAAGCUGUGGGCACAGAUGGACCAGCAUUCCCCUGUGGGAGCAAGCCUCCCCCCUAUUCCCGACUUUCCAGUGCUGGUUUCCUUGUGGACAGAUGCACAAUGAGCAAAGUUGGGUCAAGGUGUGGCUUUGAGAAGAGGUGUGGGGUUGACCUGGGACAGUGAUCAGACAGGCUGAGAAGG